CGAAGAUAUAGAAAACACGUAUACAGUCUACUUCUUUUUUCUAACAGGAGUAAAUAUGUUUGUUCUAUCAAUCACUGGACUUCAGGUUGUGUUAAAAUUAGGCAGCAUUGAUGAUGUCGUUAAGUAUACUAAUUAUACCAUUUUACUGGUGGUUCAUCUUCUAUUUAACAGUGUGCCAGCGCAAAGAUUAGUGGAUCACAGUUUAAUGAUAUCCGAAUCAGCUUAUAAAAGUGGUUGGUAUCAAAUGUCAGCAUCGAACAGAAAAGCCGUACUUUAUAUAAUAAUGAGGAGUUCGAAACCAUGCAAAAUCACAGCCGGAAAAUUUUACGUAAUGUCAAUGGAAUGUUUCAGCAAGGUUAUUCGAACUGCAUCGUCUUAUUUUACUGUGCUCAUUUCAAUGCGAUGAUUUUUUCUUUAAUUGAUCAAAUUAUCGUAUUAUUAUUAAAAUUAUGGAAUUUAU